UAAAAGUAAGUUCAGGAUAUUGUUUUUAUUAGUUCUGCAUCGCGUUUUGCUCUGGACUCUCACCGUUCCUUCAGAGUGGAACCCUAGUUGUCUCUAUCCUUAAGGUUCCGCCACCGCACCAAGUCUCAGCACCCAACCAGGUCUUCUUUCAUUCAUGGCGGAGGAACUUAUUUCUCAAUUAAACAAUAUGCUAGAAGAAAAUGGAACACCAAGUCAUGUAGAAAGGGCUGCUGAUGCUGAUGCUGAGCUUUCUCCACCAUCACAAAAAGGAGAUGACACUAAAGAAGUUUCAAAGAAGAAAAAGAAGAAAUCUAAAAGCAAGAAAAAGAAAGAACUCUUGCAACAGGCUGAUCCACCAUCAAUUUCUGUUAUUGACCUUUUCCCAUCUGGAGAUUUUCCUGAAGGUGAAAUUCAGCAGUACAAAGACGAUAACCUAUGGAGAACUACAUCAGAGGAGAAGAGAGAACUGGAGCGCCUGCAGAAGCCAUUAUAUAAUUCAGUUCGUCGAGCGGCAGAAGUUCAUCGUCAGGUUCGCAAAUAUAUUAAAGGCAUUUUAAAGCCUGGAAUGCUGAUGACUGACAUAUGUGAAACAUUGGAGAACACUGUUCGUAAGCUAAUAUCAGAGGAUGGCCUUCAAGCAGGCAUUGCAUUCCCCACAGGAUGCUCUUUAAAUUGGGUUGCUGCUCACUGGACCCCAAAUUCAGGGGAUAAGACUAUACUUCAGUAUGAUGAUGUGAUGAAAUUGGAUUUUGGUACCCAUGUUGAUGGAUAUAUAGUUGACUGCGCUUUUACCGUGGCAUUCAACCCCAUGUUUGAUCCACUACUUGAAGCAUCUCGUGAAGCAACCAAUACGGGUAUUAAGGAAGCUGGAAUUGAUGUGCGCCUUUGUGACAUUGGUGCCGCAAUUCAAGAGGUCAUGGAAUCUUAUGAAGUUGAGAUUAACGGGAAGGUGUAUCAAGUUAAGAGUAUACGAAAUUUGAAUGGACAUAGCAUUGGUCGCUACCAAAUCCAUGCUGGAAAAUCGGUUCCCAUUGUGAAGGGUGGGGAGCAGACAAAGAUGGAAGAGGGUGAAUUUUUUGCUAUUGAAACCUUUGCAUCAACGGGGAAAGGAUAUGUACGAGAAGACCUGGAAUGCAGCCACUACAUGAAAAAUUUUGAUGUUGGUCAUAUCCCACUGAGAUUGCCUAGAGCGAAGCAACUGUUAGCAACUAUUAACAAGAACUUCUCUACUUUGGCCUUUUGUAGGCGGUAUUUAGAUCGUCUAGGGGAGACUAAGUACUUAAUGGCAUUAAAGAACUUGUGUGACUCUGGCGUUGUUCAGCCUUAUCCUCCUCUAUGUGAUGUGAAAGGAAGCUAUGUAUCACAAUUCGAACAUACAAUCUUACUCCGACCAACAUGCAAAGAAGUUAUAUCAAAGGGUGACGAUUACUAAUGUGGAUUUGAAGGUUUUUUUUUUUUUUUAAAUGUGAUACUCACUGUACCAUUAUCUUUGUGAACUGUUUUCAUUACACCAUCAACACUUUGGUUUUAUAUAUGUGCCUGUGGAGGAGGCCAUUACUCGUUUAAUAACUGAAUAUUUCCUCAAUAGAUAAUAUCGUAUUAGAAGGUCCACCCAAAACAUUAUCAUUUUACUAAUUGUAAUCAAAUAUACAGAACCCCAUUCUUUUAA